AUGUUUCUUAAGAGUUUAACUUUUACCUUCCGCCCAUGGAAUUUUCCAAGCUCUGCCAAUGCUAGAAGUAUUGUUUUCAAGAAACAAAUGUUUUGGGUCUUGUCCUUUUCACAAAACAACAGUUCUGACUGGAAAGGGAUGGGGCUUGUUUUUGCCUUGAUGCUGCAGCUCUGCAUAACUGGCCUUGCAGUGACAGCUCAAGAAUCCAAAGGGUCCAUUAUAUCUCCAUCUUCAACAUUGCUUCUUGUCUUUCCUAUAUCAGAAACACUAAGUCCUAUUUAUCACGGGGAGGGAAGCGAGGCACCAAACUUACCACCAGAUGGAGAUGGGUUUAUUUUAUCCCCAUCUCCGGCGAACAUACAUGUGUAUCAUUCCCCUAGCUUCCCGACAGUACCAAACGGGCCAUUUUUUCAGCCUCCAAAGAUACUACCACCUCCUACAGCAGCUCCAUCCCCUUACAAGAUUAAAGACAUUGAAUCAUCCAAAUCUCCAGAUCCAAGCACUAUAGCAUUACCACCACCAUUUGAGCUUGUUCCCUCACCAUCAGUAGUUCAAGGGACCAAGCCACCAUCUAUAAAAACAAGUCCACCUCAAAUUAAUGCACCUGCGGUUAGACCUCCUGUCUCCUCACCAACUGCUCCAGAAACAGUUGAAAGAUCUUCUGGCAGAUCACCAAAAACUUCACCUGUCAGCCAACCAAUUGAACAUGGAAAUCUGGCACCUAAUUCCGAUAGUAGGCAUGCAAAUAAGAGUCACCUUGCAGAGCCAUUUUCACCAGCUCCAAGUGCAACACCUUCUGCUAAUAUGCCCAAAAAUUCACCAGGCAGCCAACCAACUGAACAUGCAACUUUUCCUCCGAAAGAGGAUACGAAUAAAGAACCAGUUACACCACCUUCAAGUGCAUUUCCAUUUAAACCACCAUUGGUCCAUCCAAUUUUUCCAGUAGCAUCUCCAUCAAAAUUACCAGAGCCUGUAGCCUCUCCCACUCCGUUGAGAAACAUCAAUUGGAAGAAAGGUGGAGCACCAGUUGUUGCUCCUUUGUCCAGAAAUCCAAAGCCACUUCCAGCUGUAAUACACUCCCCUGCUCAAGCUCCCGCAGCACAAAAGUCAAUGCAAUCGCAUCAUGCUGCCGAGCCAUUGAUCUCAUCUCCUAAAUCUCCUUCGAAUAAAGAACAUCGUUCUCCCGCAUUGUCAUCCUCAUUUCACAAACAUCCUCAUACAAAGGAGAUAAUCAUCAACUCUGCUCCUGCAUCAUCAUAUAUGGUUUCCCCACCCAUUUCAAAACACGAAGAUUCUUCAGUUUUCCCAUUCUCUUCCCCUAUUCAUUCACACAUGGACCAAGUUUCACCUGCUCGUUCUCCAUCAACCAAACUCGCAUCUCACCGAACUGGAAAAGCUCCAUAUGAGUCUUCUUCGAAGAGACCUAAUAUGCCUUUCCUGCCUCCAGUUCAAGCACUGCCACCACCACCUCCCAAUGAAGAUUGUUUAUCAACUGUCUGCACAGAACCUUAUACAAAUUCUCCCCCUGGAGAACCUUGCAGAUGCGUAUGGCCCAUGCGAGUUGGUCUUCGCCUUAGUGUUUCACUUUAUACCUUCUUCCCUUUGGUUUCAGAACUAGCUUCUGAAAUUGCCGCUGGGGUUUUCAUGAAACAAAGUCAAGUUCGCAUUAUGGGAGCAAAUGCAGUAAACCAACAACCUGAGAAAACUGUUGUCCUUAUUGAUUUGGUUCCACGUGGGGAACAGUUUGAUAAUACUACAGCCUUUCUGACUUCUGAGAGAUUUUGGCACGAAAAGGUCCUUAUCAAAGCUUUCUACUUUGGAUCCUACGACGUGUUAUACGUGAGUUAUCCAGGUUUACCUCCCUCUCCUCCUUUACCUCCUUCAAGCCUAAACUCGUUCAGUGGUGUUCCAUAUCCCACUGAUGGCAAUAAUGGAAGGACAAUAAAGCCCUUUGGGGUUGACAUACAGACGAGACAACAUGAAGGUGGACUUAGCAGAAGCAUAAUUGCAAUUAUUGCCGUUUCAGUAUCUUUAGCAGCUGUCAUAUGUGCUGCUGCUGCUGCUUGGGUCAUGUUCAAGUUCAGAGAUCACGUUAGUCAGCCAGCAGCAACCGUACGACAGCUUUCGUCUCCUUCACUUACCAAAGAACCAGGUACUGCUGGAUCACAUAGAGGUGGGGGAGUUGGUUCGGUUUCCACAUCAUUUCGUUCUAGCAUUGCUGCUUACACAGGAUCUGCUAAGACUUACACUAUGAAUGACAUUGUGAAAGCUACUAAUGAUUUCCAUGCUUCAAGAAUACUUGGAGAGGGCGGUUCUGGGCGUGUGUAUAGUGGUAUCCAGGAAGAUGGGACGAAAGUGGCGAUAAAGGUUUUAAAGAGGGAGGAUCAUCAUGGUGAUCGUGAAUUCUUAGCUGAAGUUGAGAUGCUCAGCCGUCUUCACCAUAGAAAUUUGGUCAAGUUAAUUGGUUUAUGUAUUGAAGACAGCUUUCGCUGCUUGGUUUAUGAACUUGUUCCAAAUGGAAGCGUGGAAUCUCAUUUACAUGGGGUUGACAGGGAAAACAGCCCCCUCGAUUGGAGUGCCCGGUUGAAGAUAGCUCUUGGUGCAGCUCGUGGUUUAGCUUAUUUGCAUGAAGAUUCAAGUCCCCGUGUUAUACAUAGAGAUUUCAAAUCUAGCAACAUAUUGUUGGAAAAUGAUUUUACACCAAAAGUAUCUGAUUUUGGAUUGGCUCGAACAGCAACUGAUGAGAACAAACACAUAUCAACACGCGUCAUGGGAACUUUCGGGUAUGUGGCGCCGGAGUAUGCAAUGACUGGACAUCUUCUUGUUAAAAGUGAUGUGUACAGCUAUGGUGUUGUUCUUCUUGAACUUUUGACUGGAAGAAAACCUGUAGACAUGUCACAAGCUCCUGGUCAAGAGAAUCUUAUUGCUUGGGCUCGUCCACAUCUCACAAGUAAAGAAGGAUGUGAAACAAUGAUAGACCCGUCUCUAGGAGCUGAUGUGCCUUUUGAUAGUGUGGCUAAGGUUGCGGCCAUUUCUUCAAUGUGUGUGCAACCAGAGGUAUCAAACCGUCCCUUCAUGGGUGAGGUUGUGCAGGCUCUAAAACUUGUAUGUAAUGAAUGUGAUGAAGCAAAAGAAGAAGCAGGUUCAAGAAGGUGUAGCCUGGAGGAUUUAUCUGUUGAUUUAGAUCUUGAAAUAAGCACUGUUUCUGGUCACCUAACAGAUAAUCUCCAAAGCCAAUUCUCAGCUACUAACUUUGAUUCUGGGGUUGAUAUUGAAAGAGGCUUAGCAGCAUCGGAACUGUGCAGUUCAUCAGCAAGAUUUACCAGGGUGGAGUUUGGAUUGUUCAGAAGCAACUCUUAUUCAGGUCCUCUGAGAACUGGAAGAAGCUGGCGGUUGUGGCAGAUAAUUAGAAGUCUUUCUAGAGGCAGUGUCAGUGAACAUGGAACUAUGUUAAAGUUUCCUGUGCCCGAUUCGUGGUAUCCCACACUCUCCGUCUUCACCUUCGCCAUCGGCCUCGUCUUGACCGCCUCUUUCUUCAUAUAUGAAGCAACCUCUUCUAGGAAAAGUCGUUCACUUGUCCAGGAGCUGACAACUGGAGCGGUGGCAUCAAUCUUCUUGGGUUUUGGGUCCUUGUUCCUCUUAAUUGCGUGCGGCGUUUAUGUCUAA